CAAACUUCCUUGGUCUCUAUCUGCAACUGUCAAUCUUUCUCAAUCUUCCCAAAAAAACCUUCACUGUUGAAAGCCCACCCAAAGCCUUGAUCUUAAAUAAAACACUUCCCUUUAGUGACUAAAAGAUUACUCUUUUUGUUAUUACGAAUUGGAUUGAUUAUACUGACUGGGUUUUUUCUUCUUCUUGUGGUUGUUUUGAUUUGUUGGAGGUUUUGGUGUCUGGUUGCUGAUAGAGAUUAUUAUGGUAAUGGCUGAUAAUGAGGCAGGGGAUGAUCAUAACGAGGUCAAGUCACCGUGGAAGACUCCCGUAACUGAUGGGAGAAAGUGGCUGAUGCUCCUGUUAUGGGUACCCAAUCUUGGCCUGACCUUAGUGGGACACACCAAACACCUGAAAAUCCUCAGGCUGCUGCUGAUGAGUGUGCUCCAGCAGCUCCACACCCAUCAGUAGAGCAGAAAGAAGCUGGGCAGCCGAAAUCAAAUGGAUCUGGACACACCAAUUCUUCGUAUAAACAUUCAUCAGCACAUCAUCAGAAGUCAGACUCUAAACGCAACCCUAAUGCUGGACCUCGUUUUCCCGUACCUUUACCCUAUUAUCAACAACCGGUGCCAGCUGUUUUCCAUCCUAUGGUACCUACACCACACAUUGCAGUUCCUGGACCUGGGUAUGCUUACCACCCUGUCCCUGGUCCUUUCCCUGGUAUUGAGCCUCAGUUGGUAAAAUCCGGAUCUGAGACAACAAUGCAAGCCUUUGGUCCCCCGGUUCAAGGUCUUGAUCCCAGCAGAAACAUGCAGCUUCCUCCCCGAGGUGAUCCCAAUGCUCAUCCUGCCAACAUCUCUAAUAGAAGACCCAACAUGCAAGAACCUGGUGGCCAUUUUAAUCCUGGCUGGAAUCAUCAGCGAGCGUUUAAUCCUAGAGAACCCUUUCCUAUGCAGCCGGGUGUUGGACCAAGAUCUUUUGCUAGACCUCCAUUCUUCGGUCCAGCUCCAGGGUUCAUGAUUGGUCCAAGUUACCCAGGAGCUGUAUGCUAUGUGCCUAUUGCUCCUCCAGGCUCUAUAAUGGGACCCCAUCCUCCACGCUUUGUUCCAUACCCUAUAAAUCCAGAGACUAAUGUGCUCCCUCCAGAGAUGGUAACUUUGAGAGCUAAUAUAGUGAAACAAAUUGAGUAUUAUUUCAGUGAUGAAAAUCUACAACAUGACCAUUACCUAAUUUCCUUGAUGGAUGAUGAAGGUUGGGUUCCAAUCUCCACUAUUGCAAACUUCAAAAGGGUUAAGAGAAUGAGUACCGACAUACAAUUUAUCAUUGAUGCGCUUCAGAGUUCUAGUGCCAUAGAAGUGCAGGGCAACAAGAUACGAAGACGCGAUGAGUGGUCCAAGUGGAUCGGGGCUAGUUCAGCAACAACAGUGUCAUCAGAAGCUCAGUUCACUCGGUACCAACCAAAAGAGAAUACCGAUUCCUGUGGAAAUGUGAAUGAAGAUAAUUCAAUGGACACCUGCAAAGAAAACGAUAAAUAUCCUUUGGAUUGUGAGAGUUUCGAUCAUGCACCACUUGAGAGAAAUCCUACGGCAGUAAUGUAUAAAAGUAACAGAAAACAUGCAGCUGUGCAAGUGCAAUUAGACGAUAAUGAUCAGUCACAAGGAAUUUAUUCCACAAGGUUCAAUGACCACAAAAGUGAGAGUGUGGAAUUAUCAUCAGAUGUAACAACACAGAAUGUUUCUGUCCUGUCAAAUGAUUUUGCGCAUACAUUUAUGCUGGAUGAAGAACUAGAGCUUGAGCAAAAAGCAACAAAGACUCUUUCAGCAUUUAACAGAAUGGAUGAUGAAGAGGAUGAGAUGGUCAACGAUCAGGAUGUUCAGAGACUAGUGAUUGUUACCCAGAAUACUGGGGCAGCUGAAGGAUCAAAAGCUGGUGCAAAGGAUUCAAACUCCAUAUCCAGUGAGCUGGCUGAUGUGAUAAAUGAUGGUCUUUACUUCUAUGAACAGGAGCUGAAAACUAAACGAUCUAGUCGUAGAAGGAAUAAUUCUACUUAUGAUCCAAAGUCUCCAAGGGGUGCGUUGGGAGUAUCAAAUCUGAAGAAGGGUGAAAAUGCUGCUGGGAGCAGUACUUUUGAAGCAUCUGGAGGAUCAAGUUCACAAAGGAAGCAAAAUAAAGGCUUCUCCAAGCAACAAUCAUUCCAUAAGCAGAGAUUUUUCUCCAGCAAUAUAAAGAAUCAUGGAACUAGCCGUAGUUCUAUCGCAAUAAUAUCAGAAAGUCCACCAAGUAAUUCAGUUGGAUAUUUCUUUGGUUCUACUCCAGAUACGAAUGGCCCUAGACAGCCUUCGAAGUUGAGCUGUUCACCACAUGGGACUCUUUCAGGCAGUCCACCAGUUGGUUCCUUGCCUAAGUCAUUCCCACCUUUUCAGCAUCCAAGUCAUCAGCUAUUGGAAGAAAAUGGUUUUAAACAACAGAAGUACCUAAAGUUUCACAAGCGCUGCCUGAGUGACAGGAAGAAGUUAGGAAUUGGCUGCAGUGAGGAAAUGAAUUCACUAUACAGGUUUUGGUCAUAUUUCCUUAGGGACAUGUUUGUCCCUUCUAUGUAUUACGAGUUCCGGAAACUCGCUCUCGAAGAUGCGGCUGCUAAUUACAAUUACGGGAUAGAGUGUCUUUUCAGAUUUUAUAGUUAUGGUUUGGAGAAGCAAUAUCGAGACGAUCUUUAUAAGGAUUUUGAGCAACUUACCCUUGAUUUCUAUCGUAAGGACAAUCUGUAUGGCCUCGAAAAAUAUUGGGCAUUCCAUCACUUCAGAGACCAGAAAGAACCUAUAAAGAAACAUCCUGAACUGGAUAGGUUGCUGAGGGAAGAAUACCGACGGCUGGAGGAUUUCCGUGCCAAAGAGAAGCAUACCAGCACGAGAGAGGAUCCCCAUUAAUUAUGAGUGAUGCCCUUGCUCCCUAGUGUCAUCGAACCCCAAUUUUGACGAUCGACCCCGACGACCGGAUCAAGAGUGUAGGAAGCAUUCAUGUUCUAUAAAAUAUCAUUUGGUUUUUGAAUGCCGUGGAAAGAUGGAUUUUGUCUAUUGUACAUUGGAGGGGGUUGUACACGCGUUGCCGUUCGCGGCAGGCGAUUCCCAAGGCUAUCGAUUUUUGUUUUCUUUGUGAUAUUCGUGUAGGCUUUGUGGCUUGGAUGGUAUAUCAUUUUUUUUUUCUCUCGAGUGAUCUGCAAGCUUGCAGAGAUGCCAUGGCAUGCCUGUGUUUUUCUUAGAUCAUCAACUUCUCCCUUGACACUGUUGUACAUAAGGGAAACCGGACAACUUUCAAGUUUUAAGC